CCUGACGUUCCGUAAAUCUUCACCCAAUAAUGCUUUCAGACGAAAGCGGGAAGGGGUUAAGGGGGCUGCAUCGCUCUCUCCCCCCGCCCGCUUCCCCUCGCUCUUCUGCCUCCUCCUCUUCCCUCUCCCCCUCCUCCUCCUCCUCCUCUCCUUCUUCUUCUUCUUCUUCCAGCUUUAUCAUCAUGUAGACACCCGGACCCCCUUCCCCUUUUCUCAUGGAGCAGGUUCCUUGACGUCAAAUCUAUGAAUAUUGCACGAAAAAGCCGGCUUGCGAGAGCUACCACAGCGGCUCGAUGUAAGCCCGGGAUCUAUCCCGGCUUGGACCGCGGCGGCGGCGGCUGUGGCGGCGGCGGCGGCGGGCAAGAGGAGGCUCUGAUCGCCGCAGCUUUGGAGAAGGAGGAGAACCGGCGGCUGGUGGCCGAGAGCGGGAGAGGAGGCCGGCCGUGCAGCGCUGGCGGCGGCGGCGGCGGCGGCGAGCAAGGGGGCUUGCUGCUGCUGCUGCCGCCGAGAGAGGAAGAAGUGCUGGGCUGCGCGCUCCUUCCCAGGCGAGAGGUGGCCCCGGGGGAAUGUGACAUCACCGCGCGGGUCUGGGGCAGCCGAGCGGGAAGGCUUCCCGGCAGCGUCCCGGCCUCCCUGGCUAACGCGCUGCCGCCGCCCGCUCCCGCGCCGGCUCCCCACCUCGGCCCCGUCAUCAGCAUGUCUGCGAAGGAGAGGCCCAAAAGCAAAGCCGCCGCCGCCGCCGCCACCACCACCAAGGAAAGCGUCACCCUGUUGCCUUGCUUUUAUUUCGUGGAGCUGCCCAUACUGGCCUCUUCUGUUGUCAGUCUCUAUUUCCUUGAACUCACGGAUGUCUUCAAGCCAGUACAUGCCGGAUUCAGCUGUUAUGAUAGAAGUUUGAGUAUGCCAUACAUUGAACCUUCCCAGGAGGCUGUUCCUAUCUUGAUGUUGCUCAGUUUGGCAUUUGCUGCUCCUGCCAUUAUGAUUAUGGUAGGCGAGAGCAUUCUCUACUGCUGCCUUUCCAAACGCCGGAAUGGAAUUGGAGCCGAGGCCAAUAUCAACGCAGGCGGCUGCAAUUUCAACUCUUUCCUUAGGAGAGCUGUCAGAUUUGUUGGUGUCCAUAUCUUUGGCCUUUGUGCUACUGCACUCGUCACUGAUAUCAUACAGCUGUCAACUGGAUAUCAAACACCGUAUUUCCUGACUGUAUGCAAACCUAAUUAUACUUCCCUCAACGUAUCGUGCUCAGAAAAUUCUUACAUUGUGGAGGAUAUUUGCUCAGGAUCUGAUCCCAUUAUCAUCAAUGACGGCAGAAAGUCAUUUCCUUCACAACACGCCACCCUGGCAGCAUUUGCAGCUGUGUAUGUUUCGAUGUACUUCAAUUCUACGCUAACCGACUCCUCUAAACUUCUGAAGCCACUUCUAGUCUUUGCUUUUAUUAUCUGCGGAAUCAUAUGUGGCCUGACACGCAUCACCCAGUACAAAAACCACCCAGUGGAUGUUUAUUGUGGCUUUUUAAUUGGGGGUGGAAUUGCUCUCUACUUGGGUCUGUAUGCUGUGGGGAACUUUCUGCCAAGUGAAGACAACAUGUUCAGUCAUAACAUACAUAGAGAACCAUUGAGACCUUUGCCUGACCUAAGCCAAGAUCCUAAUCGAAUUUUACCAGGGAAAAAUGGUAGUGGAAAUGAUGUGAUCGCAACUCAGCACAUGGAGAACAUGUUGAACAGGAACCACAGAGACACCGGCUCCUUGACAAACCUUAAGAGAGCAAACGCUGAUGUAGAGAUUAUAAUGCCACGAAGUCCGAUGGGAAAGGAAAACAUGGUCACAUUCAGCAACACCUUGCCAAGAGUCAACACACCUGCAGUAGAGGAAUCGGUUCGACGGAACGCGUCCAUACAUGCCUCCAUGGAUUCCGCCCGCUCAAAACAACUCCUCUCUCAAUGGAAGAACAAGAAUGAAAGUCGGAAGCUGUCCCUGCAGGUAAUUGAAACCGAUUCUGGACAGUCGCCGCCUAGGGCCAUUGAAAUGAGGUCAAGCUCUGAGCCAUCUAGAGUGGGUGUUAAUGGAGAUCACCAUGGUCCAAGCAAUCAGUACCUGAAAAUUCAGCCUGGUAGCAUGCCAGGCUGUAACAGUGUUGGCCUAUCUGGGGGACCCAGAGUUUCCAUUCAGUCACGUCCAGGAUCUUCCCAGCUUGUGCACAUCCCUGAAGAGACCCAGGAAAAUGUGAAUACGUCUCCCAAAACGAAUUCUGCUCGAGCAAAGUGGUUAAAAGCUGCUGAGAAGACAGUUGGGUGCAGAAGCAACAGCCAGCCAAGGAUCAUGCAGGUCAUUGCCAUGUCAAAGCAACAAGGAGUCCUUCAGGGCAGCCCAAAGAGCUCUGAUGGCGGUACAGUAACCUGUACAGGAGCGAUCCGUUACAAAACCUUGACAGAUCACGAACCGAGCAGCAUUGUAAGGGUAGAGGCCCAUCCUGAGAAUAGCCGUCAGAUCAUCCAAAUGCCAUCCGAAGGAGAAGGCAGUGGCUCCUGGAAAUGGAAAGCCCCAGAGAAAGGGAGCCUUCGCCAAACAUACGAGCUCAACGAUCUCAACAGAGACUCUGAGAGCUGCGAAUCUUUGAAAGACAGUUACAGUUCUGGGGAUCGGAAAAGAAGCAACAUCGAUGGCAGCGACCAUCAUCAUCAUGGGAUCACCACAAUAAGAGUGACCCCUGUAGAAGGCAGCGAGAUCGGCUCAGAGACCCUGUCCAUUUCCUCUAGCCGUGACUCGACACUUCGGAGAAAAGGCAAUAUCAUUUUAAUACCCGAAAGAGGCAGCAGCCCAGAGAAUACCAGGAAUAUCUUCUACAAAGGAACAUCUCCAACAAGAGCUUACAAAGAAUGAGGGCUGGUGCUUCGGCCAAAACAACAAACACCACUACAAUCAAUACUUUUUGGGUGCAAGCGUUGCACUCUCUUUAUUUUUAGAGCUGAUGCCGAAAUAUUCUUGAUGUGCCAACUAUUGACCAUCAGCCUGACUGUUUAUGGAUGUUGCUGAUGUGUAGUGAUUGUGCAUGAAUUUGUGAAUUUCAUGUCGCGGGGGGAAAAAGCACAAUGCAAGAACCUAGUGAAGGGGAGCAAGCUUUUGUUUUCAGAAUCAAAAUGUUUUUCCAGUGGGAUCUGUGUCAGCAAAAAGAGCGGUCUUAAACCUAGACCGCUUAUUUCCUGAAUGUGCCAACUUUUCAACUUAUCUCUAUUUCAUGGUCAAAGGGAAGCAAUUUUUUUUAAAUAAGCAAAAGCUGUACCAGAGUUGUACUUCAUCUUUGCGGGUUUUGCACCAAAAUUUAAUACCAAACGGUGCUGAUUCUAACUUUACAUUUUUAGAAAACUUCUACUCCUGUGCAGCUCUCUAAACACAAUACAUUUUGAUGUGCGAGUUCUUUCCGAGUAUUCUAGCUGAAAACACCAUGCUAACUGCAAUCAUUUAGAAUAGAAAAGUAUCAAGAAUCAAUACAGCUUUGCUAUAGUGCAGUUUUCAUCUCAAAUGAUCGCAAAAGUUUUGUGUAGUUCUUUGAAAGAUUUUCUGGAGCCAAAAAAACCAAAACAGAAACAAAAGGUGAUAUUCCAUGAAAGUUGAAUAAUUUUUUUUUUCUCCUGAGUCAGUUUAGUGUUUGCUUUUCUCCAAACUUUAUUCAGUUACAGGUGCUACAGAGAUAGAUGUUGCUUUUUUAAUGAGAUAGUUUGGGAUUAAUUUAAAUAUUGUGCUGCUUUUUUUUUUUUUUUUGGAAGAUAAGGAUCUCUUACGGCACUAAUUCAAAUUCUUCAUUUUGAACAGGGUUCUCAGUUUGCUUCAUAGUUUACAUUUUUCUUUUGUCAGUUCAUCGUUGGUUAGCUAGCACUUCACCCUGAUCACUGCCACUGUGUUGUAACAGUGCAAAUAAAUCUUACAAGUCAGAUUGCCUAAUCAAUUAGCAGGCGUGGCCUUAAACAUAGGAACAUCAUAGACAAGACAAAGGACCCCUGUUAUUCUUUUCCCAAAAACUGGGUUGUACUUCUGCUCCCAGAAGUGACCUGAAUUUAAUGAGGGAGCAUGAUUGGAAGAUCCAAGCAAUCGUAAUAGGCUUAUCUUAAUCUCCCAUGGCUGGUGAAAUAGUCAGUGGAAAUGAGAACUGAAAUUAAGUUGCUGAAUCCUCUCCCCUAUGACAGUUUGCUAUUUUAAGUGCUUAAAGCCAGAUUACAUUAGAUCACCUAUCCCCCUUUCUUCUGCAUCGGUGUUGAACCUCUGCCUUCCUCUGAGUUCCUAAUAUACUAAAAAGGAUUUAAUAGUUCUGAUCUCAAUGAAAGCAAUGGCUGAGGUAACUUGUAGCUGACUACCUGGUGGCCUGUGACAAUGUGAGAUAUUGCAUAACUCUCCUAUCCAGUAGAUGGGCUGGUCUUGUCAUUUAGGGACAACCACAGAUAAAAUUGAUACUCGCACUCACACCGAGAAGUGAUUCUCUUAGUCCACAGGUAUCAAACUCGAUCGCGUCACGUGACGUAUCAUGACUUUUUUGCCUUUGUGGAUCCGGGGUAGGCAUGGCCUGUGCGUGAUGCAUCUGGCUCACAAGCCGCCAGUUUGAUACCCCUGUUUUAGUCAUUUGGAAUAUAAAAUGACCUUUCAACUACUUGCAGCGUGUUCAUCAAUCAGUGUUUAAUUUUUUUAUUUUUAAAAAAACGCCAUGCCCAGUAACAAUCAUCAAACAAAUAUAAAGGUACUGCAUUGUACUACCAGUACCCAUAUUCAGUUAAUAUAAUUUUCAAUUAGGAAUAUAAUUCUUUUACCCUUACCAUGAACACAUCUUGAAGCCGUGAGAUGCUGCUAGAGUCCCACCCAACCAGGGACAAAACUGGCCAAAUGAAAUGGGUUAUCAAAAAUAUAUCUCAAAGAAUUUCCUAGAAUAAUAAAUUAUUGACAAAUUGAUUUAUUUUGGGUCCAUGUCACGUCCUAUGUUCGUUUUUCACCUCAUAAGCCAUAUCUCUAUAAAUUAUUUCAUCCUACAUAGACAUUUCAAAUUAAAUAGGUUCUUAGAAAACACAUUUGUUAUUUUCCCAUAAAACAGACAUCUUAAACCUGUUUUUAAGCUAAUAAAACUGCCAGCAUAUUCAGGAAAUGCAAAAACCAACUAAUAAUGCAAUGGCUCAUCUGUACAUUAAUCUAGGAGUUCACAUCAGAACACUCAGCCAGAAAAGAAAAUUGAGAGGUAUCUGACAUCUAGCGUUUCGAAGGUCCAAUCCAAAUGUUUAUUUUCUAGAAACCUAAAUGGGCCAACAUCAACAAUAGUUUCUCGAUUAUGUUUUCCAUUCUCCCUCCAAAGAGCUUUGAGUGACAAUCUAACCUCAUUUCUAUCCUACCGGAAAGAAUUGGAAUCCAAUCUAUCUCUCGAAAAUCUGUUGAUUUUUCUUGUUAACAACAAAAACACUACAUAAUGCAAGAAUAUUUUGGUCAUAAUCGUGCAGUAAAGCUAUCUUAUCUAUUAAAACAGUGUUUAAAAGCACUUCAAAAGCAAAAUGCAUACAUUGUACUUUCCACUACUUUUUUAAAAUGAUGGCAGUGGGGGGCAGAUUACUUAUUAUACUCUAUUCAUUGAAUUCAUAUCCCCUUUUCUAUCGGGAGCAUAAGGCAGCAAAUCCUCUUGCAUUCCCCCUCCCACAUCCCUGUAAGCUCAGAAAGCCAACAGCAGUGCAACUGUUCCACCACUUAGCAGUGGCUCUCUCAAGGCAAAGGUCCUUACCAGCUCACUUACCUAAGAUUCUUUCAUCUAGCACGACUAUGCUGAAACUUAGCCUGUAGUCCUGUAAAAGGCAGGGUCUUCUACACAAAGAGCGUUCUUUAGACAAUCAUUCUGAAAUCUAUUGUGAGUUACACUGCAGGCAGUUACUUCUUGCAUAGCCCACAAUAGCAUUGAGGAGUUAACAUCUCUCAUUGGAUUAGAUGGAAAGGAAGGCAUUAUCAACGAUACCAUUUAGAACAGAUGAGAAUCAUGUCUUCAGAUACGCAUCUCGAAACAGACCUACAUUCCACUUCUUCCGGUCCCAAACUGGUCAUCACACAUCCCUAAUCCCAAUCCAGCUCAGGAAUAAACCAUACAAUCCUGAUUGCUGGGUGCAGGCAUCCAGCCAAUAUAUAUUUUUAUCAGUGGUGGAAUUCAAAUUUUUUUUACUACCGGUUCGGUGGGUGUGGCUUGGUGGGUGUGGCAGGGGAAGGAUACUGCAAAAUCUCCAUUCCCACCCCACGCCAGGGAAGGAUACUGCAAAAUCCCCAUUCCCUCCCCAUUCCUGGGGAAAGGAUAUUGCCAAAUCUCCAUUUCCACCCCACUCUGGUGCCAGCCAGAGGUGGUGUUUGCCGGUUCUCCAAACUACUCAAAAUUUCCGCUACUGGUUCUCCAGAAUCUGCUGAAUUUCACCCCUGAUUUUUAUGUCCAGCACUCUUGUACCAACAGCUCCUUGCUUUAUGUUGAACAUUUGAUAAGGGUCCCCCUAGUGAAGCAUCCUUGCUUUUUUCAGAGGAGACUCACAUCUAGCCUUUAAUUAGAAUAUCAUGCCAUGAGCUGCACUCAAAAAAGUAGGUAGGACCAAAUGCACUAAAUUUGAUUUCAGUGUUGGUAUAAUUCAAACUUAUACGAUUGUAGAAUUUCUUCUUUUCUCACAUUAAAAAGGGUAAUUCGGUGGCUAGUUUGAAGAAGCCCCGGAGCUGCUUGCUGGAGCUCUGAGGCUACAUUUUUACCUUAGCUGGAUUGGAGGAUUGACUAUGUAUUUACAGCAUUUAAUGUUAAAUAUAGUAUUGAACUUUUUCUCCAGAGGAAAGGCUAUUCAGAUUCUUGGCUAAGAUUUAAGUGUUUUUACUCCGAUCAAUUUUGAUGAACUGUUGACUGGAAGGCAGAGGGGAUUAUUAUUUUUGGUUUAUUAAAUUGGAAAGUCUUCAAAAGACUUAACAGUACAUAGCAAGCAGUCAUUGCUAGGCUAGAAACAUGAUAUACAAAUGUUAAUAAAAUCCUCAUCAUGCGUACCACUCUCAGUUGAACUGAGCUCAUCAGGACUUGUACUUCAAUGAAUAAAUAUAGGAUUGCGAUCUGAACAACUGCAAUAAUACAAGCACUCCAAAUAGCCAUUCUAGAUAACAUCUCUUUUUUUUUCUGUUGCAUGUUUAUGUUUUUGGAGGGAGUGGUUGCUUUUCUUUAAUUAUCCUUCUUGCUUUGCUUUAGUUAGCCAACCACAUAUAAAUAAUUGUGAGUUGUUACUUGGACUCUAAACUUCGCUGCACUCUUUCAACGGCAGCGAUACUUUUCCUAUCUAAACUUUUCCUACUUACCAGCCAACAAUUUUAAAAGCAUUUGCAAAAUCAUUGAAAUUACAUUCUUUACUUAAAAUACUGAAAAUACUUUUUUACACAGAAGUGCCAAAGGCUACUCUUUUUAAUAACGGCUUCUCAGUAAUUACAUUAAAGAACAAAAAGUGUAAUAAUAAUAUACAUUGAGAUUCUAACUUCUGGUUGUAUAUCAUCUGUGAAGCCUUUUGUAAAACAAAUCUUUGUUUACAUUCCACUGAUACCUUAAUUUCAAAACAAAUCAAAUUGACAGGUGGCAUCUUCGAGUUUUUUUCUUACUUGCUGAAAGGGGCACCAAUUUCUUUGUUAGGCUGUGCUUUACUAAGAAAAUAAAAUUGGGUAAAAUACAGAAUAUGUUUUUAAAUGAGAAUUCUAUAUAAAGUAUUGUGUUCUAAUAAAAUGUAAUGCACUGUUUUAAAAAAAAACAAAAAACAAACUUUGUAAAUUGCUAUAAAUGUAUUUUGUUAAAUAAGUACAAAAUUCAAUGCUACUGUGUGAGUUUAUUGUGCUAAUAUCAUUAAAAAUGAAUAUUAAUUCCGCA